CUCAACUCAACAGGUUCUGCAGGGCAAAGGAGAGCUGGAGGAGCCAAGAAGCACACACAAGCUAACAAAUCAGUCCUGCGUGCACCCAGAGCUCUGUGCUGUCUGACUCUCAGCAACCCUAUACGCAUGGCAGCACUGGCCCUGGUGGAGUGGAAGCCUUUUGAUAUAUUCAUUCUACUGGCCAUCUUUGCCAACUGUGUUGCCCUUGGUGUGUCCAAACCAUUUCCUGAAGAUGAUUCCAAUGCCACCAACCACAAUCUGGAACAAGUGGAGUAUGUGUUUCUGGUCAUUUUCACCAUCGAAACAUUCACAAAGAUUCUGGCGUACGGUCUGGUCAUGCAUCCCAGCGCCUACAUCCGCAGCGGCUGGAACUUGCUGGAUUUUGUCAUUGUCAUUGUUGGUCUUUUCAGCGUUUUAGCUGAGAUGGGAGAGCACAAACCAGGAGAGGCCCAUCACGCUGCAGGUAAACCAGGAGGUCUGGAUGUCAAAGCCCUGAGAGCUUUCAGAGUACUGCGACCCCUGCGGCUCGUGUCCGGUGUGCCGAGUCUGCAGAUUGUGUUGAACUCCAUCAUGAAGGCCAUGGUGCCUCUGCUCCACAUCGGUCUGCUGGUCAUGUUUGUCAUCAUCAUUUACGCCAUCAUUGGGCUGGAGCUCUUCAUAGGCAGGAUGCACAAGACCUGCUACUAUGUAGGGACAGAUCUAAUGGUGGACGAUGAUCCAACACCAUGUGCUUUUGCUGGUAACGGUCGUUUCUGUGUGGGGAACAACACCGUGUGUCAGGGAGGAUGGGAGGGACCCAAUGGAGGCAUCACCAACUUUGACAACAUCUUCUUUGCAAUGCUGACUGUAUUUCAGUGCAUUACAAUGGAGGGCUGGACUGAUGUGCUCUACUGGGGUAAGGACGACUUGUGAUAUCAUUUGUUGGGCAUUAUUGUACAUAUUGUAAUGCGUGUGUCUCUUUCACAUCACAGUGAGUUCUCUAAAGAGAGAGAGAAGGCCGUGUGCCGCGGUGAGCUGCAGGAGGCCCAGGAGAAACAGCAGAUGGAGGAGGACAUGAUCGGAUACAUGGACUGGCUCAUUGAAGCAGAGGACAUGGAUGAGGAUGGAAAUAAACGUGCUGUGGUGGCUAAGAAAAAGAUGAUGAAAAAAUAUGGCUGGUACAAACACAGUGAAGAUGGAGAAUCGGAUUCAGACUCUGAGUUUGAAGCGUUCCUGGAUGAUGACAACGGCUGCUGUGCAUCUAUUAUGGCACGACUGAUGGGUAUAAGUUUCUGUGAGCAGCUGUACCACUUAAAUCUGGUCAUCAGGAAGAACUGCCGUGUGGCCGUCAAAUCCACCAAUUUCUACUGGCUGGUGCUGCUGCUGGUGUUCCUCAACACGGCCGCCAGCGCCUCUGAACACUACAGCCAACCGCAGUGGCUCACCGACAUACAGGAACGAGCAAAUAAGAUCCUUCUGGCUCUGUUUACGCUGGAGAUGCUGAUGAAGAUCUACAGCUUCGGCUUUCAGAUCUACUUCAUGGCGCUCUUCAAUCGUUUCGAUUGUUUCGUGGUUUGUGGUGGGAUUCUGGAGACGGUGCUGGUGGAGAUGGACGUGAUCCCGCCCAUCGGGAUCUCUGUGCUGCGCUGCGUCCGUCUGCUCCGUAUCUUCAAAGUCACAAGACACUGGGCUGCCCUGUCAGACCUGGUGAGCUCUUUGCUGAACUCUAUGAAGGCCAUUUGCUCCCUGCUGCUGCUGCUCUUCCUCUUUCUCAUCAUCUUCGCUGUCCUGGGCAUGCAGCUCUUCGGCGGAAAGUUCAACUUUGAUGAGACUCAAAUGAAAAGAAGCACCUUUGACACUUUUCCAUCUGCCCUGCUCACCUGUUUCCAGAUCCUAACAGGAGAGGACUGGAACUCUGUCAUGUAUGAUGGCAUCAUGGCGUAUGGUGGACCAGUGUUUCCCAAUAUGAUUGUCUCUAUUUACUUUGUCAUUCUUUUCGUCUGUGGUAACUACAUCUUGCUGAACGUCUUCUUGGCUAUCGCUGUGGACAACUUAGCCAGAGAUGGUGGCAAAAAGAAAAAAGAAGAGAGAAAAGAAGAGGAGGAGGAAUGGGAGGAUGAUGAAGAAAGAGAGGAAGACGAAGCUGGAAAUGAUAUGGACGAUUGGGAAGAGAACGAAGAGUUGAGAGCAAUUGAAGGGCUUGAGGGUAUAGGCACUCCCAUGAAAGUCGAAAGUUUUCAACCCAAAGAAAAAAUUGUACCUAUUCCUGAUGGAAGUUGCUUUUUCAUCCUUGGAAAGAAAAACUGUCUCAGAGUCGCCUGCCACAACCUCAUUCAUCAUCAAUACUUCACCAACUUCAUCCUCAUCUUCAUCAUAUUCAGUAGUUUUUCAUUGGCUGCUGAAGACCCAAUCAAAACUCAUUCUGUCAGGAAUGUUAUGCUGGGCUAUGCUGAUUACGUCUUUACCACCGUCUUCACUAUUGAGAUCAUGUUGAAGAUGACUGUGUAUGGAGCUUUCCUUCAUCAAGGUUCCUUCUGCAGAAACGCCUUCAACCUCCUGGACCUUCUGGUCGUCAGCGUGUCCCUCACCUCUUUCUUUUUGCAUUCUAGUGCCAUUUCUGUGGUGAAGAUUCUUCGAGUAUUGCGAGUGCUCAGGCCUCUUCGAGCCAUCAACAGAGCAAAGGGACUCAAGAGCGUGAUUCAGUGUGUGUUCGUGGCCAUCCGCACUAUUGGCAACAUCCUCAUCGUCACCACUCUCCUCCAGUUCAUGUUUGCUUGUAUCGGUGUGCAGCUUUUCAAGGGCCAGUUCUACAGAUGCACGGAUGAGGCGAAACAUACGCCUGAAGAGUGCAAGGGUAUGUUUGUGGUGUUCAAAGAUGGUGAUAUGAACCAUCCAAUGGUGAGGGAGAGAGUUUGGGAGAACAGCGACUUUAACUUUGACAACGUGCUGAUGGGGAUGCUGGCGCUCUUCACCGUCUCCACGUUUGAGGGCUGGCCACAGCUCUUGUACAAAGCCAUUGAUGCUAACGCAGAGAACAGAGGACCCAUCUAUAACUACCGUGUUGAGAUUUCCAUCUUCUUCAUCAUCUACAUCAUCAUCAUCGCCUUCUUCAUGAUGAACAUCUUCGUGGGUUUUGUCAUCAUCACCUUCCGUGAACAAGGAGAGGCUGAGUUUAAAAACUGUGAACUAAAUAAGAAUCAGCGGCAGUGUGUGUAUUACGCAUUGAAAGCUCAGCCCAUAAAGAUUUACAUCCCCAAAAACCCCUCUCAACUCAAAUUCUGGAAGAUCAUCAAUUCCUCUCAGUUUGAGUACAUCAUGUUUGUGCUCAUUCUGCUCAACACGCUCACACUGGCUGUACAGCACUAUGAGCAGUCCAAACUCUUCAACUUUGUGAUGGACAUCCUGAACAUGAUCUUCACUACGCUCUUUACGGUUGAGAUGAUCAUCAAACUUCUGGCUCUGAGACCUUACCACUAUUUUAUAGAUGCCUGGAACUCUUUUGAUGCGCUGAUAGUGGUGGGCAGUUUGGUGGACAUCAUGAUUGCAGAGUUCAGUGGUGGAGGAGGCCAUGGUGAGGGGAAAGAAGGGGAGAGCGCCAAAGUGUCCAUCACUUUCUUCCGUCUCUUCCGAGUUAUGCGACUGGUCAAGCUGCUCAGUAAGGGUGAAGGCAUUCGAAUCCUCCUUUGGACGUUUGUUAAAUCUCUACAGGCAUUGCCAUACGUCGGCCUGCUAAUUGCCAUGAUCUUUUUCAUCUAUGGCGUGAUUGGGAUGCAGACAUUUGGGAAGAUAGCUAUAGAUGACAACACAGAGCUCAGUCGGAACAACAAUUUCCAAACCUUUUUCAUGGCUGUACUGCUGCUCUUCAGGUGUGCAACAGGUGAACAGUGGCAGCAGAUCAUGCUUGCGGCACUGCCAGGACACCGAUGUGACCCAGAGUCUGACUUUGAGCCGGGAGAGGAGUAUAGCUGCGGAAGCAACCUGGCAUACCUCUAUUUCAUCAGUUUCUUUGCACUCUGUGCCUUCCUGAUCAUUAACUUGUUCAUCGCAGUCAUCAUGGAUAACUUUGAGUAUCUGACCAGAGACUGGACUGUGCUGGGCACUCAUCACCUCGAUGAGUUUAAACGAGUCUGGUCAGAUUACGACCCAGAGGCCACGGGAAGGAUUAAACAUCUAGAUGUAGUCACCAUGUUGCGCAGAAUUCAGCCUCCGCUGGGCUUUGGGAAACUCUGUCCACAUCGAGUAGCCUGUAGGAGACUGGUUGCUAUGAAUGUUCCUCUCCAUCCUGAUGGCACCGUGUCCUUUAACGCCACUCUGUUUGCACUCGUCAGAACGUCACUCAAGAUUAAAACAGACGGCCCCAUUGACCAGCAGAACGAGGAGCUGAGAGCUAUCAUUAAAAAGAUCUGGAAACACACCAAACCCAAACUUCUAGAGGACGUUAUACCUCCCCCUUCAGGGAAUGAGGUGACUGCAGGAAAGUUUUAUGCCAGCUUCCUGAUUCAGGACUACUUUAAAAAGUUUCGCAAACGGAAGGAGAAAGAGAGGAAGAAGAAAGGCAAGGACAAGUCAGCCUCUCUCCAGGCCGGGUUACGCACACUACAGGAUCUGGCCCCAGAGAUGCGUCUGGCUAUUGCGAUGGAGGAUGAGGAAGGGCUGGAGGGGGAGAUGAUGGAAGAAGAGGAGUUCUUCAGGAGUGACAGCGUCUUCAGUGAUGCUCCUCCCACACCGACCAUGUCCACUCCCAGAAGCACCCCCAUGCCGCCCCAUCUGGACGAGACCACAGUGAGCAUUGAGCUUCCUCCUAGAGUACCCAGUGGGAGCUUUAUGCUGGAGGAGGCCCUGGUGGACUCCCGCCCGGCCUCUGCCCUGUCCGAAAACACAGUGAUAAGUGAACAGCCUCAGACGUUGUCUCCCCUGCCCAGCAGGUGGGCCUCCAGUCACAGCAAACUCACCCCGUUGUGGAUACUGAAUAACAACCAAAGGGCUGACACAACCAGAGCUUGUGACUAUAUUCCUUCCCCAUCCCCGGAUGGAGGAUUGCAAAAUGAAACCACAGGAGGAGUCAUCACUCCAGGAGGACAUGGAGGAGUAGUAGCAGGAGGAGGAGUCACAGAGAUGACAUAUCCUACAGAGCAAGGCAGUGUCAGCCAGGGGGAGCCUCAGAAGGCUGUCUCAAAUGAUAGACUGUGGUUUCCUGAGGUUCCUCCAGCACAAACACCAGCACUUAAUGGGAGCAGUGAAAGUGUGGCGCCAGUUCAGCCCAAUAACAUUAACAACACCACUUACCAAGGCAACAUCCAAGAUGCUGGUGGCUACCAAGGUCAUGUCUACCCUGGAAAUGGCUACAAUGCCAAUGUUACCAAUGGGACUGGUUAUCCAGGCAACCGUUAUUCCAGCAACGGCUACAGCAGCAAUGGAUACAGUGGUAAUGGAUACCAUAGUAAUGGAUACAAUGGUAAUGAAUACAAUGGCAAUGGUUUCUCUGCAAGGCGACGCAUGCUUCCCCCGACUCCCUUAGGCCGAAAGCCCAACUUUAACAUCCAGUGUUUGAGAAGGCAGACCAGUAAUGAGGAUUUGCCCAUUCCAGGCACUUACCAUCAAAACUCCCCACCCUGCAGGGCACAAGCACAGACAAACAACAGCUACGACUCAAGGCGGAGCAGCAUUUCAUCUGUGGUUUCUUCAGCCUCUUGGGCGAACAACCAGGCCAGACGGGGCCGUCUCCUCUACGCCCCUCUUAUUCUGGUGAACGAGGUGGGGGGCACUCAGGCAAUGUGGGGCGACACCAAUGGCAGCGCCAGCCUGCCGGCGUCGGCCCGUCCCGGGUGGAUCGGCAGUGGAAUGGCAGGCGUGGCCCAGCAGCCUCGGGCGUACACCACUCUCAAAGUGCCCUCCCAAAACAGCCCCGGAUACAUGGAGAAGGGAAGCGCUGACAGCCUCGUGGAGUCGAUCCUGAUCUCUGAAGGCUUGGGUCUAUAUGCCAAAGACCCCAAAUUUGUUGACUUUGCAAAGCGGGAAAUCGCAGAUGCCUGUCACUUGACUAUUGAUGAAAUGGAGAGCGCUGCAACUAACCUUUUAAGUAAUGGAAGGGCAGGACAACCGAACGAACGCUUUGAGGAGGAUCUGGCUGAUGAGAUGAACUGUGUUAUAUCAUACUAAACGAGCUUCAGUUUGUUGGGGAGGGCAGAACAUAGAUUGUCAGUGUGAUUGUGUUGUUCUCUGCCCAGCUGAACUGAACAUGA